AUGGAAACAUCCAACACAUACUCCAUUUGCGCAACUGACUCCCCAACACACUACUCCUACAAUUCUUUACACAGGCCAGAGAUCCUGGAUAUAGCACUUGUAAACCUCCAUCACAGAGAGUAUUUCCUUACCAAUCAUAAUGAACUAACGUCAGACCACAACCCAAUUGUUAUGACUAUAAGCGACUUUCCUAUUACAAUAAACCCUCCGGCUGCCAGAAAAAGAAUUAACUGGAAGAAAUUUGAGCAAGAAUUAUCGCUUAAAUCCCCAAAACUGACGACCAAAUUAUCAAGCCCAACAGAAAUCGACAACGAGGUUGAUUCAUUUACCACACUCAUCCAGUCAUCAACCGAAAAAUGCUUCUACCUCAUCAACAAACCUCAAACCAGAGAGCCACUCUCCCCCGAUAUCCUGAACGAGGGACACAACACAAGGACAAUUUUCCGGUGA